AUGAAAAAGAGAGGUUUGACCCCACUCAGUUCCAGGACUGUAUUAUUCAAGGUUUAACUGAAACUGGCACUGACUUGGAGGCAGUAGCAAAGUUUCUUGAUGCUUCUGGUGCAAAACUUGACUAUCGUCGCUAUGCAGAAACGCUUUUUGACAUCCUGGUGGCUGGUGGAAUGCUGGCCCCAGGUGGUACCCUGGCAGAUGACAUGACACGCACAAACGUCUGUGUGUUUGCAGCACAGGAAGACCUAGAAACCAUGCAAGCAUUUGCUCAGGUUUUUAACAAGCUAAUCAGGCGUUACAAGUACCUGGAGAAAGGCUUUGAAGAUGAAGUCAAAAAGUUGCUGCUGUUCCUGAAAGGGUUCUCAGAGUCCGAGCGGAACAAGCUGGCCAUGCUGACGGGUAUUCUGCUAGCCAACGGGACACUUAAUGCUUCGAUUCUCAACAGUCUUUACAAUGAGAACUUGGUUAAAGAAGGUGUUUCUGCAGCUUUUGCAGUCAAGCUGUUCAAAUCAUGGAUAAAUGAGAAAGAUAUUAAUGCAGUGGCUGUCAGUCUUCGUAAAGUCAACAUGGACAACAGGCUGAUGGAACUCUUCCCAGCCAACAAACAAAGCGUCGAACACUUCUCCAAGUACUUCACUGAAGCAGGACUAAAAGAACUGUCCGAGUAUGUUCGGAACCAACAAAGCAUAGGAGCUCGGAAGGAGCUGCAGAAAGAACUGCAGGAGCAGAUGUCACGGGGAGAUCCAUUCAAGGAUAUAAUCCUGUACGUUAAGGAGGAGAUGAAGAAAAACAACAUCUCAGAACAGACUGUGGUAGCCAUAAUCUGGUCAAGUGUCAUGAGCACGGUGGAAUGGAACAAAAAGGAGGAGCUGGUAGCAGAGCAAGCCAUUAAGCAUUUGAAGCAAUACAGCCCUCUACUCGCUGCCUUUACUACCCAAGGUCAGUCUGAGCUGACUCUGCUGUUGAAGAUCCAGGAGUAUUGUUAUGACAACAUUCACUUCAUGAAGGCCUUCCAGAAAAUAGUGGUGCUCUUCUAUAAAGCUGAAGUUCUGAGUGAAGAACCCAUCCUGAAGUGGUACAAAGAUGCUCAUCUUGCAAAAGGAAAAAAAAUUCUGGAGCAAAUGAAAAAGUUUGUUGAAUGGCUCAAGAACGCUGAAGAAGAGUCGGAGUCCGAAGCCGAAGAGGGCGACUGACCUGUGAAACUGUCUUCAGUAAAGCAAACAGGAGCUGUAGAUAAAAGUGUCAUGUCUCAUGCAUCCUUCUGAGUCUUACAUCCUACCUCCCUGUAUCAAGCAUGAUAUAAGGGCUCUCAUGGCAAUUUCUUUUAACUGUUUUUUCUAUAGUUACUGAAAUACUGGGUUUAGUUUUUAAAACCAUGUUUCAAGUAGCUUACAGGAGCUGUUAUAGAUUUGACUCUAACCUGCAUUUGUCCUUUCAGUUAUAUUCUACCUCCUGUAUUUUCUACUGUAAUAAUGUAAUUUAAGGCCUUCCACAAUGAAAUCCAUUUUACCCCUUGGGUUUUCUAUCAAUAUUUGAGUAGACAUGAUACAGUGAAUGAGAUUUGUGGCAGUUCUGUUUGCAAAUUAAAGUGUAAAACACCUUCGACGC